CCUUCUCUCUCUCUCUCUCUCUCUCUCUCCUUCGCCCUCCUCUUCGAUCUCCUUCCCCGAUUCCAACCCUUCUCCCUUAUUCCUCUCAACCCUAACUCCCUCCCCCUUGUUCUCCUCGCCAUGCUCUUCUCUUCCCUGAUCAAUUCAUGACUCACGCGAAGCGGCCCUUCUCCUGUAGCAGCACCGCCGCCGCCGCUCACGGCCCCAGCUCCGCCGGAGUCGCCGGAACCCCGCCUUCCUCCUCCUCCUCCUCCUUGUCCCCGCCCAUGAAGAAGACUAAGCCCCAGCCACCGCCCUCCUCCUCCGCCGAGAAGAACGGCCUCGACGCGGAGGCCGAGCCCGCGGCCGCGGCCACCACUGGCGUCGCCGCCAAUCUCUUUAGGAAGAAGGCGACGCCGCCCCAGCCCUCAGCGAAGAAACAGCUUCGCAUCAAGAUCACGAAAGGUCAGCCAAAAUUGCCAACCAAUUUUGAAGAUGAUACAUGGGCUAAAUUGAAGGCUGCUAUUUCAGCUAUUUUCUUGAAGCAGCCACUUUCUUGUGACACUGAAAAGCUUUAUCAGGCUGUUGGCGAUCUUUGUUUAUACAAAAUGGGGGCAAAUCUUUAUGAACGCAUGCAGAAAGAAUGUGAAGGGCACAUAUCAGCAAAACUAUCAUCAUUGGUUGGACAAAGUCCUGAUUUGGUGGUCUUUUUGUCUCUGGUUGAGAAAUCUUGGCAAGAUUUUUGUGACCAGAUGUUGAUAAUUCGUAGCAUAGCCUUGCUUCUUGAUCGAACAUAUGUGAAGCAUAACCCAAAUACGUGUUCAGUAUGGGACAUGGGGUUGCAGCUGUUUCGUAAACAUCUAUCUCUGUCUGCAGAAGUCGAACACAAAAUUGUUACUGGUCUCUUAAGAUUAAUUGAGAGAGAGAGACUUGGUGAUGCUGUUGAUAGAACUCUACUUAGUCAUCUGUUGAAGAUGUUUACAGCUCUUGGAAUUUACACAGAACGAUUUGAGAAGGCCUUUCUUGAAUGUACUUCUGAGUUUUAUGCUACUGAAGGUGCGAAAUAUAUGCAGCAAUCUGAUGUUCCAGACUACUUGAGACAUGUGGAGUCAAGGUUACAAGAAGAACAUGAAAGGUGCAUUCUCUACUUGGAAGCCAACACGAGGAAACCCCUCAUAGCGACUGCUGAAAAACAACUACUAGAACGCCAUACAUCGGCAAUACUUGACAAGGGUUUCACAAUGCUUAUGGAAGCAAAUCGUGUUACAGACCUUCACAGAAUGUAUACCCUUUUUCAGAGGGUUAAUGCUCUUGAGCUGCUAAGGCAAGCUCUUAGUUCAUACAUACGAGGCACAGGUCAGAGUGUUAUCAUGGAUGAAGAGAAAGACAAAGACUUAGUUCCUUAUCUCUUGGAUUUCAAAGCUUCGCUUGAUAUGAUAUGGGAAGAAAGUUUUGCCAAAAAUGAAGCCUUUUCUAAUACUAUAAAAGAUUCUUUUGAGCAUCUUAUAAAUCUUCGUCAGAAUAGACCUGCGGAACUGAUUGCAAAAUUUGUGGACGAGAAGCUCCGUGCUGGAAAUAAAGGUACAUCUGAAGAAGAGUUGGAGGGUACACUAGACAGAGUUUUGGUAUUAUUCAGAUUUAUCCAAGGAAAGGAUGUAUUUGAGGCAUUUUACAAGAAGGAUCUUGCGAAAAGGCUACUGCUUGGAAAGAGUGCAUCUAUUGAUGCUGAAAAAUCAAUGAUUUCAAAACUUAAAACUGAGUGUGGGAGUCAGUUCACAAAUAAGCUUGAAGGAAUGUUCAAGGACAUUGAAUUAUCGAAAGAAAUAAAUGAUUCCUUUAAACAAUCGUCACAAGCCAGGACAAAACUUCCUACUGGUAUUGAGAUGAGUGUUCACGUGCUUACAACCGGAUAUUGGCCAACAUACCCACCCAUGGAUGUUCGGCUUCCUCAUGAACUAAAUGUGUAUCAGGAUAUCUUCAAAGAGUUCUACUUGAGUAAGUAUAGCGGAAGGCGCUUAAUGUGGCAAAAUUCAUUAGGCCACUGUGUUUUAAAAGCAGAGUUCCCGAAAGGUAAAAAAGAAUUGGCCGUGUCACUGUUCCAGACUGUGGUUUUGAUGUUGUUCAACGACGCCCAAAAGCUCAGCUUUCAAGACAUUAAGGACUCAACUGGCAUUGAGGAUAAAGAACUGAGAAGGACUUUACAAUCACUUGCAUGUGGCAAAGUUAGAGUACUCCAAAAGAUACCAAAAGGAAGGGAUGUUGAUGAUGAAGAUUCAUUCGUAUUCAAUGAGGAAUUCAGCGCUCCUCUGUAUCGCAUUAAGGUAAAUGCAAUUCAGAUGAAAGAGACAGUGGAAGAAAACACAAGCACCACCGAAAGAGUCUUCCAGGAUCGUCAGUAUCAGGUUGAUGCGGCCAUUGUUCGUAUCAUGAAGACAAGAAAAGUUCUAAGCCACACGCUUUUGAUAACCGAGCUAUUUCAGCAGCUCAAAUUUCCAAUAAAGCCAGCGGACUUGAAGAAAAGAAUAGAGAGCCUAAUCGACCGAGAGUACCUGGAGCGGGAUAAAAAUAAUCCUCAGAUCUACAACUAUCUUGCUUGAUUACUUGCCUGUUGUGCCUCUUAUUAUAUAUCUUUUUUCCGUGCAAAUUAGCGACUGCGUCGCCUGCUUUAAAAUCUCUGCAUGGGGGGCUGGUUUAGUCAACCUUUUGUUUCCAAAUGUACAGGGAGAUGCGGCGUUUGUUUCGGUCUUUUUUUGUCCCUGUGAUCAUCAACAUACUAGUGUAAAAUAUCAGUUCCACUUUUUUUUCUUUUUUCUUUUUUCCUUUUUUCCUUUUUUCAGAAAAAUUCGUCAUGGAACUACAAAACAACAUUGCUCACAAAGGAAUGAGGUCUUUAAUCUAAGUUAUUCUUCUCGUAGUA